CUGCCAUUUAAACUUGAUGCAGAAAGAGAAAAGGGCUCUAAAUGAAAUUUGGGAAUUUCAAACCAUUCCAAUAUUUUAUCAUGAAUACAAGUCAGUUGUAGUCUGUCCAUAGUUUUGCCUUAUUUGUUUGCCUUUCUUUCUUUUAUCAGUUGACACUGGCAAAAGAGAUAUUGUGUUUCUUCUGGAUGGUUCCGAUGGCACAAGUAAUACCUUCUCUGCCAUGCGGGACUUUGUCGAGAAAGUGGUGGAGAAACUGAGAGUGGGAGAAACAAAAGACCGUGUCUCUGUGGUCCAGUACAGCAAAGAUUCAGAGGUCCAUUUUUAUCUGAACACAUACAACAAAGUAGAAGACAUUUUGGACUCAAUCAGGGGGCUGAGACACAAAGGAGGCAGACCCCGUAAUGUAGGGGCAGCCCUAAAGUAUGUCAGGGACAAUGUGUUUACAAACUCCAGCGGAAGCAGGCGCCUCCAAGGUGUCCCACAAACGCUGAUACUACUAAAUGGUGGAAAGUCUUUCGACAGUGUUGAAGCCCCAGCCUUGGCUCUCAAACAGCAAGGCAUCGUUGUGAUUGGCAUCGGAACAAGGGGGUCUGACAUAAGAGAGCUUCAGAAGAUAUCAUACGACCCUACUCAGACUCUGAGAGUGUCUGAGUUUACAGACCUCCCAAAUGUCCAAGAGCAGCUCUUCUCAGUAAUGGGAACAGUGUUAGCAACGGCCACACCAAUGACACCAACAGUGACUGGUAAGGAAGCGACCCAUUUUUACUCUUUAAGAUGCAAGCUGAAAUUAUGUGCAAUGUACUAGACAACGUUAAUGUCAGCUAGUGAGACUUUGGCAAAAAUCU